UGUAGACAGAAGGCUCUCCAGCCGAGAAUCGAACGGGAGAACCUCUUGCUGUGAGGCAACAACGCUAACUGCUGCGGCCUGCAAAUUUGUUAUUUUAUCAAUUUUCUAAGUUUAUUUGAUGAAGACUUUAAAGGUGUCCCUGUUUUGUGCCUUUCUCCCCCAAUUAUUUAUGACUUUGUCCAUAUUUCUUGCUUUAAGAGGUUGAGAAGUAUGGGUCUGGAUUUGUCACUGAUUCUGGGGGUCCCGGUUACAAAAUGUAAAAUACGACAAUAUAAGAAUACGCUUUCUCUUUUUUAUUUGGAAAAAUGGGUCCCAUUUUUCACAUCGGAAAAGGCGGAACCUCAGACGUUAAAAGCAGAAAGGCGGAUGUCAGUUCUUGUGAAAUUCCCUGAAAAAGUAAGACCUCGCGGUAGAUGGAGUUUCCCAAACAAGCGUUCAACGGGUGAACCAUCAGCUGAAGAGCGAUUUAUUUAGUAAACGGCCAUGAAGAAUCGUGAAGACUUGUUGGUUUUCCUCGUCAACGUUUACAAGCACCAAACGACUUCCCCAUGAAGUUCCCAGCAGGACUUUACUGGUAUCGGAUAACCAGCUGGUGGGUGGGGGCUCUGGGAUGGCGCAUCCGUUCGUGGACCUCCGCAGCACAAGGAUUACCUAAAUUGUAGCUGCAUAGGUUGGUUUACCUAAACUGUAACUAGAGCACUAUGUGUGACCGGGACUGCAUCUCACGUGGACUGUUUUUCCUUCUCCUGUGGUCUCCCCUUUUUCUGAUCGAUGCUUACUGUGUGGAUCGUGGAAACGGCGUUGUAAGGUGCUUUACUGAAACCAGGAUCCCAGACGUGCCAUCUGACACAGUCGGGAUAGACCUAAAUGUCAACAACUAUAUCAGCUCGGUCACAGAGUCCUCCUUCCGUAUCCCACUACUCAAUCUCUCGUUUCUUUUACUCGGGCUUCAGAAGGGUGAAACGCCGCUCUUUGUAGGGGCAGGUGCUUUCAGGAAUGUUCCCAAUAUUCAGUACCUGGAUCUGGGUGGAAAUGGCCUGAUCCAGUUGGAUCCAGAUGCCUUUAUUGGCUUGAGAAAGCUGCAAACAUUAUAUCUGGAUGUUAAUGGGCUUGGUGAUUCUAUCUUGCAGGAGCGCUACUUUCGGGAGUUAAUAUCGUUGCAGAAAUUGGUACUCGAUGGGAACAGAAUUUCCUCUGUCAUACCCCAUGACAGUUUCCGAAACCUGAGCUUUCUGUCACACUUGUCACUGAAGCUGAAUCAAAUUUCUCAUAUACGUGGUGAUCAUCUGAACAAUUUCCGAGGGAUCCGUUUUGCACUCUUUGACAUUUCAUCCAAUCACCUUAAUAGAGGGCACUGGGACUGGGGUGGCAACCCUUUUCGAGACAUAGCAUUUGACAUUCUGGACCUGUCUUCUAAUGAACUCAGUUCUGUGAAUCUCCAGAAGUUGCUGUCUUUCAUUUGGGGCACAGACAUUUAUCAUCUGAAAUUAACCGAUCUGAUCCUGGGUUCCUUGUUUGGGUACCACAAUAUUGCUGGUCCCGACAAUGAGACCUUAUCUGGGCUUAAUAACAGUGAGCUGAUUAUACUUGAUCUCUCCUUGUGCUCAAUUUUUUCUCUGGUACCUCAUUUAUUCUCACACUUACAUACCUUGAAAUUGCUGUCCUUGUACAAGAACAAUAUAAAUCAGAUUGAUCCUGGGGCAUUCAUGGGGUUAGACACCCUACAGGUGCUUAAUCUUUCCAGCAACAUGCUAAGAGCUAUUCAUAAGUCAGACUUUGAUGGCCUCUGGAAUGUUGGUUAUAUUGAUCUUCAACAGAACCACAUUGGAAUAAUUGAUGUUGGAACAUUUAGUAACUUAAAGCAUCUGUUUACAGUAGAUUUACGGGAUAAUGUUCUCUCUACACUCUUGCUUGAGCCCCAUGUAACCAAUUUUUACUUGGGUGGUAAUCGAAUGGAAGUCUUAAAUAUACCUGAAAAUAACAAUAAAACCAGUAUUCUUGACCUUUCAGAAAACAGACUUGAAGAUCUAUCCCUGUUGUACUCCUUAAUUAAAAUGCCGAUGCUUGAGAGUGUUGUACUGAGAAACAAUAAUCUGAAGCGUUGUUCAUUUGAUGGAAUAAUUUCACCUCUUAAUCAACUGAAACACCUUGAACUUUCACACAACUUCCUGUGGAUAGCCUGGGACAGUGGUCAGUGUCUAAAAAUAUUUCACAAUCUCACAAAAUUAGAAAUACUUUAUCUAGAUAACAAUUUUCUUUUACAUCUCCCACAUGGCAUUUUUAAUGGUUUAAUUUCGCUUAGAUAUCUAAACUUGUCUUUUAAUUCACUGUCUUACGUUAGCACUGAUGUUUUCCCUCAGACUUUAGAGGUUUUGUCAUUAUCAAACAACCGCCUUGUUUCACCAAAUCCAGACGCGUUCAAGUAUGUAAAGUUUUUCGGAAUUAUGGAAAACCCACUUGCAUGUGACUGCCAUUUAAAACCCUUUAUAGAUUGGCUCAUUGGCCUUAAUUUGACAUUGAAUGAGUAUUUGUUAGAAAUAAAGUGUGCAUGGCCUCCCGAAUUUCAGGACAUUUCUGUAAUAUACCUUAACACUUCAGACUGUAUCAUUGAAGAUGGUAAAAAUUUGGAACUCAUUAAGUUCUCAAUGUUUGCAUCAUUUGCAUCACUGCUAACACUGUUUGUAACUUCACUGAUCUUAUAUAACCACUACAGGGGAAUUUGUUUUAUGUGGUACAAGAAACUAACUGAAAAGUUGUUGUACGGCCCGAAGCAAGACAGUGAUGGUUUUCUGUAUGAUGCUUAUGUAUGCUUUACUGGCAAAGAUAUACAAUGGGUGCAGAAUGCUAUUCUACAACAUUUAGACUUUCAGUUUUGUGAUAAAAAUAAAUUCAGUAUGUGUUUUGAGGCACGAGACUUUAUUCCUGGGGAAGACCAUGUCACAAAUAUAAGAAACGCUAUCUGGAACAGUAGAAAGACUCUUUGUAUUGUGACAAGAUCUUUUUUGAAAGACGGAAUGUGUAUUGAAGCCUUUAAUAUUGCUUAUGGAAGAUUGUUUAGUGAACUGAAGGAUGUGAUUGUGUUCCUUGUUGUAGGAGGGAUUCCAGAGUAUGAAUUAAUGAAAAACAAAAUGCUCAGAGCAUUCAUUAAAAGUAAAUAUUAUUGGAGAUGGCCAGAGGAUCCACAGGACCACAGCUGGAUCUUGGACCGGAUUGCACAUCAGCUCGUACAAAGAGUACAAGUGAGUCAUCUGAGUACAAAAAAGACAUUCAGUUUAUUUACACUACUUUCAAUAGCAAGAAGAAGUAAAAAGAGAUGAAUGUGAAAUGUGACAUUAAUGAUAGUGCAGUUCACAUACUGGAACUUCUUUCAGGCAUCCAAGGUUUGAAAUUCAAAGAAGUGUACUUAAGUCCAGUUCUGUCUGUUUUAUCAUGACAGAGCCUCUAGAUAUAAUUUAUUUCAGGCUGCAUUUGAUACUUUUCACUGACAACUAGUUGUAAAGUCCUCUCCCUCAUUCAUAUCAGCUGAGAGGAUUCUUUAUGGACCAUGCUUGAGAGUGUUUGUAACACUUCUCCAUUUAAAUAAUGUACUACCAUUUAUUGAUUCACAUUAGCUUUUGUGCCUUGCAGUGCAGCUGGUCACAUCAUGAUAGUUUGUUGCUAAGAACACAUCUAGGUAGAAAAUAAGACCAAGUUCAGAAUGGAAGUAGUCAAUAUCUAACACAAUAAAGCAGAAUUUUUAUUGGUGUUCUUA